AUGGCACGCCACCGCUCCUCCUGGGCCGCCGAGGCCGAAGGUUCGGACUCCUUCGCCGCUGCCGUGGCUUCUCCGCUGCCGCCGCUGGCCGCUGCUGCUCACGCCUCCCUUGUGCUUCGGGCGAGCUCCCUCGACCCCGACGACGCGCCUUUCGUUGGUUCUCCCGGCUGCUCCGGGGGGAAAGUCUGCCUCACCGACUCGGAGGCCUCCCUGUCCGCUCCUGAGGACUCCCCCGCCCUUCGUGCGGACGGGGGUCCCUCGCGCCCGAGGGCACAGUGUCGGCGGCGUCGUCGUCCUCCGCGCAAAGGUGCCCAGCCGGGCCGCCACCUCCGGGCGCCAGGGUUGACUCCGGCACCUCGUCUGGCCUCCAUCGUCGUGCACCCGCCGCGCAUGUCUGUCAUCCCGGAUGCUGAGGGUUUUCGGGCAGUGCAGAGUCGCCGCCGCUGGCGUCGUGCCCCGACCCCGCCCCGUCCGGUGCCGGCACUUCUGGUGGCUGGGCACCAGGCGCGGGACUGCCCGCUGCCGCCUAGGCCUGAGCGCUGCGUUGGGAAACGUAGUCGUUCGCCGGGUCUCCGACCUUUCCGGCGCGGCCGGCCGCGCAGGCGGCGCUCUGGGUCCAGGCGUGCCUCCGCGCGUCCCUCGUCGGCGGACACCGUCUCUGCGUGGUCCGUGUCCACUGGCCGCUCGACUUCCGUGCCGCCGAUCUGUCGAGCGUCGUCGCCGGGGCCUGUCACUGCCGGUACGAUAGCCGUGGAGGCAGCUGCCGGGGCUUCGGCUAGGAAGCAUUCUGUCGCCUCGCGGAGCUUCGCAGGGGGUAGCCAUGCUGCCGCUGCCGGUGACAGGGGCCCUGCAGACGUCGCCGGGCCGUCGGGAGCUGCCGGUCGUCAAUCCGGACGCCCGCGUCCCCCUCUGCGCCUGGACAACCCGCCUCCGGUCUCUCCACGUUCCAGAGCUCGGAGCCCGCUCCUUGAGCUAGUCGUCGUGCCGCGUUCGCCGGCCAUUCAAGCUGCAGAGGACGCCCUCUCCUGUGCGCUGCUCGCAAUGGUGCUCGGGACGCGGCCUGCAGUCUCUCCGGCCAUGCUAUUGGAAUAUCUGCAAGCACAUUUUGACAUCCCGGAGGACGCCGUCUCCGUGCGGAGGACACGGCCUGACGACUUCAUCGUUCGCUUCUCCUCCAGGGCUGACCUCGAACGGGUCCUCAGCUCCCCGGCGCCGCCGGCCGCCGCUUUCUCCCUGCGAUGGAGGCGGUGGUCUCGUCUGAUCUCGGCAUCUGCGGGGGCGUUUCGCUACCAUGCCCUUGUCGGCAUGAAAGGCAUACCAUCGCAUGCGCGCUCUGAGGAAGUUGCGCAGGCACUCCUCGGCUCCGCGGGCGUCAAGGUGGAGAUCGCCGACCCCGACGCUGUUGCCGACCCCGAUGACGAGCGUGAGCUCUUCGUCGCGACUUGGUGCGCCCACCCGGACCUCAUCCCCGACGAGAAGAUUCUGGCGAUCCCGGAGCCAGAGGAGCCGCACGAUGGUGGGCCGCCAUUGUUUCGACAACCGCCGCAGCUCCCUUCCACGGUUUCACGCAGCUCCUCCACGCACGUUCCCUUGCAUCGCCAGAUCCCCCGCCACAGCUCCCUUCCAUCGCAGACCCCGCGCGAAUAGGCAAACCGCCGCUCACUCGCCGCCGCCAGUUCGCCGUCGGACGCAGGCCAGGUGCUCGGGUUAGCCCGUUCUCUGCGCGCGCUGCUGUUGGGGAUCGACCAAGCUGUCGCCCGCUGUGCCGACCCCUGCGCCCGCGACCGCGACUCCGCCCGCUCGCCGCCGGCAGCACGACCAGGGUCCGCCACGACGCCGUCCCGGCCUCUACUUCAUCGCUGACCGCAGUCGAUGCUAUUUUCGGCGUGCUCAAUCGCGGCUGAGGGCGUCGUCACAGUCGGUUCCUCCACAACGUCCGGCUGCUCCUCUUCAUCGACAGGCGCGCCACGCGGAAGCCCACACCAACAUCACCAUCGCCACGACUAGGAGGACCGUACCCCCAUCUUCAUCGUCCCCGAGUUCGGUGCCGCUGUUGCUGCUAGAACUGGCACCGGCAAGUUGGGCGACCCCGAUCUACAGCCACCGUGGACGGGAUCUAUAACCACAGUGGAGGGAGAUGCGAAGCAGCAGCUAUCGGAUGGCAAAGCAGAAGGGAGAUGCGGACUAGGCGAGUAGCAUCUCUGUGCAGGUAACUGACAUUUGCUAAUUUAUUAGGAAUGAUACGUUGCAAUUAUGGACACCAAUUGGAAUGAGUAAUUCCACAACACUGGACUUAUUAGCUUGACAUGCAUAAAAACAUAUGUCUAUUUGUUUGGCCAAUUUUUAGCAGGCUAAAGUAGCUUGACAUUGCUAAUGUUAUCUUGUUCAUGGUUAGAAUUGUUCUAUUGGUUGAUUCACAA